CCCACGACUUUGAGCAUCUUGAUUUUGUACUAGGCAUAGCAUUCGCAACCCAGGAACGACCAAUAACAAACAUGUCGGACGAAGACAAAGAGCUGUUGGCGCGCAUCGGCCAACUUGCUGGCCAAAUCAAUCGACACAAAAGCCAGCAAGCCAACUACCGCUCCGUCCCGCCGACGCAUCAACCAGUGCGCCACCGAGGAAACGCCUAUCGUCAAGCAAGCGCGCCUUACCCGAGCAGAGGAUACAGCGGCCGGCCAGCCGCCACGCACCGCAACAGAACAUUGCAUCUCAACGCUUCGGCAUCUGCUUCAGGAUCUGCCUCGAGCUCGGCCGCCCCCAGCCCUGCUCCUACGACCCCGGGCUGGGUGAGCAAAAACGAUCGCCACCGCCAGCUCAUCAACGCCAACAUAUAUGAGAAAGAGAGCCAGAAUCGAGCCAAAGCUAUCGAAGAGACUCGCCAGAGAAAGAUGAAAGAUCAGAAGCGCCGGGAAAAGCAACGAUUCAGCGAAUUCCUUCGCCACCAGGCCACGGUGGAUGGAUUUGCAGGCACGAGCACGAGCACGAGCACGAGCACUAAUCCCGCAGUUACAAAUGAAAUAACGGUAAACGGCAUUCGCUUCCGCGUCUUGGAUGGAGGGAAGAAACUCGUUAAGACACCUGGUGACCCUCUCCCCCCUACGAUGACGCCAAAGAUGACCGUUAUUGCCGGUGUCAAGUUCCAUCGUACAAAGACUGGAAACCUUGUGGCGCAGAGGAUAGUCAAAGACCACCGUCGAUCUGGUAUGGUCAAAAAACUUGAUCAACGAUGCAAAAUCUUUUCAACGACUGGUAAUUGUUCUUGUUCGAAAGGCCCGGCCUGCCGAUACGUCCAUGACCCUGACAAGGUGGCUCUUUGCAAGGAUUUCUUGAAAGAUGGCAAGUGUCCCAACGGCGAGUCUUGCGAUCUCUCUCAUGAGCUUACCCCAGAACGUGUUCCGAACUGUUUGCACUUUGCCAAGGGACAAUGCUCCCGGCCUGACUGUCCCUUUACCCACUCCAAAGCCUCUCCAAGUGCCCCCGUAUGCGCGGCAUUUGGAUUCUGCGGAUACUGUGACAAGGGUGCAGACUGCACCGAUCGCCAUGUCUUCGAAUGCCCAGACUUCAGCAACACCGGUUUCUGUAAGACCAGGGGAUGUAAGCUGCUCCAUCGUGAGAGGGCAAGCGUCCUCCGAAAUCAGGCCAAACAGCGCGACGAGGCCCAGGAUGUCUCUAGCGAAGAUGAAUCAGUCGACUCUAACGAUGUCGAUUCUGACGAAGUGGCCGAGUUCCUCGAGGGCGAUUCGGAUGAUUCCGACUUUGACAACCCAAAAGACUAUCUCCCCCUUUAACCGAGUCAAAGUAGAUUAUUUCUUCAUCGUCCCUUGGACAUGUCGAGUCGAUUACCAUUCAGCGCCUCUGCAGUUUUCAUACCUUGAAUUUUUGGAGAUUACAUGCUAUUCUUUUUUUUAUUCUUGUUUUCUUUUUAUUUAGCAAGCAGUUCAAAUUCUAUAGCAAACGACAAAAGACAUGAAGCUCAUGUCGGUUUGGGAAAUGGGCUUUAUACUAAAGAUACCCUGUUAUUCAGCAUUUUAACGUCAUGCCUAUUUUCCUCCCUCCUCCCUCGGAGGCUGCAGGGGUUACAAAUAAGACGACGAAUAUAAUGCCGAGAGAAGAAAAAGAAAAAAGGAAGAAGAAAGAAUAAGGGAAGAGAAGACUUUUGAAUAGGAAAGAGAGAGAAAUAAAAAACGAUAUAUGUUAGUAGAGGAAAGAGAAUAAAAAGAUUGAG